ACCCUAAGAUUUGGAUUAGUUAACCGUACGGAUAUAAGUGUAUAUUUAUCUCUUUAAUAAAACAUUUUGGUCAUUUUGAUUCUUAGAGUCUAUAUUUGUGACAUAAACUUGCUAUCCUAAGGUAUUUCCCUUUAAAAAAAUUAACUUCUUUUUUAAAACUUGAUCUCACACAACAUAGAAUAUAUUUUCAAUGUAAUCAAAAUAUUUUAAUAAAAUAACUCUAUAACUCCAGAUCCUUUUAGUAAACCAAAAAUAUUAUAAUUUAGUUUGCUUGUUAAUUUUUAUAUUUCUUAUAUUUCUCAAAUUUUAGUUUGCUUGUUAAUUUUUAUUAUAUUUGUACAACCUAAUAUAACCAUAAUCAAAAUAUCCAAGUAUAUCAGAAUUAUCAUGUUUAAUAUUAUUUAAAAUAAUUGUUUGCUUACCUUUCAAUAAAUUUAAGGUAUAAAAUUAAUUAGAAUUUUAAAUUUUUUUAUUUAUGUUAAAUAUCGUUAUGCGUUAUGAAUUUUAAAAGUGUAUCGAUAUGUGUUCGUUCAUCACUUUAUUUUUUAAUAUUUUUAAAAAUCAACAUAAAUCUAAUUAUUAAAAUAUUACGAAAAUAUACUUACUUAACUAAGAUGAAGAAAUUAACUAAUGUGAUAAAUAAAACUAUUUUGAUUUGGCUUAAUUAGAAUAAAAAUAACUAUAUUUCAAUAUGAAUUUGAAAGAAUAUCUGUAACUUAAUAUAUUAACAAAAUAAGUAACUCAACUAAUCUGAUUUAUUAUAUCCAAAAUAAAACUUCUAAAUACAAUAAAAAGAUAUCACUUUUAUGAUAUUAUUUUAUUUCUUUUUAUACAUAUAGAUUGUGGAAUGCCUCAAUACAUUUUAAUAAAAAAAAAUAUUAACCAAUUGUUAUAAGUUAGUUCUCUUGUAAAAUUUAUAUAUGUGCAUGAUAUUUCAAAAUACUAUGAUUACAUUUAUUUAUGUAACUUUUGGUUCACUAACACUUUAUUUUAUCAUUUAUAUUCCAUUCUCAAAAUAAUAUCUAUUAAGAUAUACAUAAUUUUACUAAAUAUAUUUACAUGUCUACCAAAACAACAAACUUAACUGAAAAUAACAAAGUUAAUCAAUAUUUUAAAUUAUUUAGAACAAAAAUGUUAUAGUUAAAUUCAAAGUUGGUGUAAUCCAAUCUAUAUAAUCAAACAAUAAUAAAAGGGAUUGAGCGAGAGUUUUUAGAGAGUCCACGUAGGACAGAAUAAUUAGCCAAUCAGAGACUCUUUUUUUGACACGUCAUUAUGACUGCUUUCGUAUGGGCUUAAUUGUUCAGAUUUCGUAUGGGCUCUAUUGUUUUGUAUGGGCUUCAUUGUUCAGAUUAUCCUGCAGCCCAUCUUAUAAUGCCCAUAAAUCUGAUCUCUCUUCCAACGUUGAGAGCUUUCCUCCGACUCUUCCACCUCCGACUUUUCCACUUCAUCUUCUCCAACGCCUGCCUUUUUUCCCACUACGUUCUCAAUCAAUUACACUGUUAAAGAUGAUCUUCAAUGUUGUGAUUCAUCUUCCCUUUACUUCUCUUAUAUAUAGUUCUAUCCCUAAACCUAAUUGUACCCUAAAUAAAAAAACCUACUCUGCAAAAAAAAAAAUCUACGGCAAUGAAAUCCGCCGUAAAGUCUCAGCUUACCACCGGAAAAGCUCCCCUCGCCAUGUAUUUCAAUGACAUCUCUCGAGGACUAUCAGAGUCACAGCUCCGAUUUCGAGUAAUCCACUUUUGGGAGGCAAAAAAUAUAGCGAAUAGGACCCUCAUUGGGAUAGAGCUCCUGCUCAUCGACGAACAGGUAUAGGUUCUAAUCUUCAACUUUCAUUCCAUUCAUAAACCACCAUCCUUAACUUGAAUUAUUUCAACUCCUGCAGGGGACUGUGAUGCAAGGAUUUAUUUCCUCUUCUCGUGCUCCAACGUACCUGCCUCAUCUGAAAGCAGGAGCAACUUACACCCUUCAGAAUUUUUUGGCUGCCACAAGCAAGGAGAUUUACCGCGUCGCUGAUCAGAAUUUAACAAUUUCAUUCUCGAACGGCUCUGUUCUUGCUCCUCUCGACGACAUCCCCGUCUCCGUCUCUUUUCCAACCGACAGGUUCAGGUUCCACACACAUGAGGAUUUCCAAGCUCACCGUGGUCUCAGGGGCGAUCUCUACGAUGUCGUUGGCCACUUGAGGCUGGUGAAUGGUCAGUCUCUCAUUGACCGCCCCGUCCUUGACGAAGCCGAAGUAAUCAGCACGCGUCGUAUUUUGGUUCAUUUGCAAUCAAAAGAUGAACCUGUUAUGAAGCUCUACCUUUGGGACCAGGCUGCAAAGGACUUUUACAAGAAAUUCACAUCCAGUGAGGACACUCCCACCGUUCUUUUGGUCACGACCGUUAACCCAAAAGUUAUAGCAGGUAAUUUAGCUCUCAGUUCGAUGGCCUCCUCCCGUGUCUUUAUAGACAAAGAUAUUCAGCCCACGAUUGAUUACUUCAGCUGGUUGGGUUCUAACCCAGAGAUUGCAAAGCGGGUAAAUGCAGAUGAGGUUACUAGGUCUGAGACAAUGACAAUUGGGCAGAUCUAUGCUUACAUCAAGCAGGAAAAUGCCAAGGAAGCUUCUUUCGACUGCAUAGCCACAAUUGAUGAUGUUAAGCGUGACAGUGCAUGGUACUAUAUUGGCUGCAGCGGUUGUCAAACAAAGGCCACCAGAGGUCCUUCUUCGUUAAUGUGCGCCAAGUGCGGCAAAACUAAUGUGUCUGGUGUAGCAAAGUAUCUCGCAAAGAUCUCUGUCUAUGACAAAAAUGACCAGGCUGUUUUUGUCCUUCUUGGUGAUGCAGGAAGUGAGUUGACAGGAAAGAAUGCGGCAGAAUUGGUUAACAACUACUUUGAGGCUAAUCAAGACCUUGGUGCUGGCCAUCAGAUGCCUGUCCCCCAAGCAUUACUCGACACCAUUGGCCAAACACAUAAGUUCAGGGUCAAGGUGUCUAAGCUCAACUUGACAGGCAAGAUUCAGGCCAUAACCGUUACGAAGAUUGUCUCAUCAGAGGUUCUGCCACCUGUGCCAACUCCAACUGAAAUCCCACAUGAUGUGGAAGAUGAAGUUGCCUUGCCUUCUGCAAUUGUCAUUGAUGGCUCUGGAUUCAAAGCUGAUGAUGCGGACGGAAGUACCAGCAGCAUGGAUGAAUCACGCAAGGCUAAGCGUCCCAAACAUGGCAAAUAG